GCGCGUUGAUUGACAGCGGACAGCAGCUGCUGAGUUGCCCAGACAUGGCGGAGGAUACAGUGGAGCAGAAGCUCAGCGGCGGAGUUCCAUGACUUUUUUUCCUUCCUUUCCCUGCCCUUUCCCCAGCAUUUGAGUCGUCUGAGGGCGCGUUGAAUGCUUCUCGAGAGGAGAGAGAGAGAGGGGGACAAAAAUGUGUCGGUACUCGGAAAGGAGGUGGAAGACGACGUGAAUCGCCACACGCGAGUAAGAUGGGACAAUGUAUCGCUGUUUAGUGCAGUCAACAGCCCCGGGCAACCAAUAUGGCUCCUUGUGCCUUUCCCACUUCUAUGCUAUAGACAUCGCUCUCCAGAUGCCGCUUGGGCUCCGGCGAACUAACUUAAGUUCCACAGUCUCUCAGUACUUUUGAUCGCUGAAGGAUAUUCCAGCGCGUUAGCUUUGAGAAAGCUAAGGAGGAGGGUUGGCGCUGGGGGGCAACUACCACCGCGCGUAGCAAUGGAGCCAAAGCACAAAGAGUUGCUCGACCAGUGCCACCAGAACUUGGUCGAGUCCAUCACGGACGCCGACCGAGUCAUCGAGCUGCUCGUCGUCUCGGGCGCCCUCAGUCAACUCGACCGCUUCGAGCUGGACCAGAACUGCUCGUCCAGCGCGGAGAAAGUGGAGCUGCUGCUGAAGAUGCUGUUGAACAAGGAGAGCGACCAUUUCCUGGACCUGUGCGUGGCCCUGGAGAAGGCGUACCCCGACCUGCACGCUGCACUCUUUGGUGGGAGCAACGGCGGCUUGCCCGUGGACCACAAUACCGGUUCCACAUACAGCGUCCUCUCCACCAUGCCGUCCGACUCUGAGAGCAGCAGCUCCCUCAGCAGCGUUGGUUCGCCUGUUAACGGCGAGGCGUCCUCCCCUCCCCCCGCCAUUAACGACAACCGGCCGCCCGGCGACCACCUGGACACCGUCCUGUUCCAGCUCCGCCAGGUGACCAGGGAACGGGACGAGCUCCGCAAGCGUCUGGCCCUUGCGUCACCUGGCACAACAUUUGAUGACUGCAGGCCAAAUUCCAAAGCCAGCCAUGACUAUGAGCGCUUAAAAAGCCAGUGCAUGAGGGCCAUGGCAGAUCUGCAGUCUCUCCAGAACCAGCACACCAAAACACUGAAGCGGUGCGAGGAGGCUGUCAAAGAGGCUGACUUCUACCACAUGCUGCACAGCCGCGUCCUGGGCGAACAGACGCAGCUCAAGGAGGAGAUGGAGACACUGCGGAGGGACAACGCUCAGCUGGUCCGAGAGCACAAUCACCUCAAACAGAGUUGCGAGGAGCUCCAGCGGCUACACGGUCAAGACCAGAAGGAGUUGUCCGACCUCCGACUGCAGCAGCAGCAGGUCAUGCGAGAAAAGGGCUCCUCGGAAGUGCUGAACAAACUGUACGACACCGCAAUGGACAAGCUGGAGGGUGUGAAGAAGGACUACGACGCACUCAGCAAGCGCUAUGGCGAGAAGGUCGCCACGCACAACACGGACCUGAGCCGCCUGGAGCAGGCUGAGGAGGAGAACCGGCGUCUGCAGAAGCAGAUGGAUGCGCUGCUUAUACAGCGUGACUCCGCAAUGCACUAUCAGCAGCAGUACUCCACCUCAAUGAGGAGGUUUGAUUCCGUGCAGCAGGAGCUGAAUAAGUCAUCCACUCAAAACAAGGAGCUCCAGCGUGAGAUGGAGCGGUUGCAGUCUGAGGUGACUCGCUAUAAAAACCUGCAGUUGAAGUCGGUCAAGGACUGCGACAAGUACAAGGAGGAACGCGACUCCGUGUUCAACGAGUACCGCCUCAUCAUGAGCGAGCGCGACCAGGUCAUCAAGGAGCUGGACAAGCUGCAGACGGAGCUGGAGGCGGCCGAGGCCCGGCUGAAAAACACUUCCUCGGAAAGGGUCGUGGCCAGCGAGGAGUUGGAAGCGCUCAGACAGGAGUUGAACUCAUCGCUGGUGGACCGCGACAGGGCCAUCUGCGAGAGGAACGAGCUGUUGGAGAAGUACUGCCACGAGGUGAAGGACAAAGCCGAGGCUCAGAAAGAGCUGAGCCAGGCCUGCAAGGACAUUGAGAUGGUCCGGGAGGAGCGUGACGUGGCCCGCAAGGAGAGGACCGAGGCCAUCAUUCAAAGGGAUCAGCUCCUUCGGGAGUACUAUCAAGCUCGACAGAAACAAGACUCGGCCACACUUGACAUGGAGCGGGCCAACAAGGAGAUUGAGAUGCUGAGGAAACAGUAUGAGGCCAUGUCCCAGGAGCUGAAGGAGGCCACACAGGAGACCGAGGUGGCCAAAUGUCGACGGGACUGGGCCUUCCAAGAGCGGGACAAAAUCGUGGCGGAGAGGGAGAGCAUCAGGACGCUGUGCGACAACCUGCGUCGGGAGCGAGACCGGGCAGUCAGCGAUCUAGCAGACGCUCUGCGAAAUCUGGAUGACAUGAGGAAGCAGAAGAAUGAUGCUUUGCGAGAGCUCAAAGAGAUGAAGGAAAAAAUGGAGGGGCAACUGGAGAAGGAGGCCCGCUUUUGUCAGCUCAUGGCCCACAGCUCUCACGACUCGGCCAUCGACACCGACUCCCUUGAGUGGGAGACUGAAGUGGUGGAGUUUGAGAAGGACAGGGAUGACAUGGACUUGAAGGCGCUUGGAUUUGAUAUCGCCGAAGGGGUAAAUGAUCCAUAUUUACCGGGAGACUGUGGAAUAUUUGUGACGCGGGUAGACAAAGGAAGUAUUGCAGAUGGAAGGUUAAGGGUGAACGACUGGUUACUGAAGAUAAACGAUAUCGACCUGACCAACAAGGACAGGAAGCAGGUGAUGAAGGCGGUCCUCAACGUCGGGGGACUCAUCAACAUGGUGGUACGAAGGAGAAAGUCUCUUGGGGGAAGGCUGCUUACUCCCGUUCACAUCAACCUCAUGGGGCACAAAGACAGCGGAAUCGGUCUGGAGAACGGCGUGUUCGUCACCGCAGUGGUCCAGGGCAGUCCUGCAGCCAGAGAGGGCACACUCACUGUUGGAGACAGACUGAUCGCUAUAAACGGCAUCGCUCUGGAUAACAAGUCUGUGACAGAGUGCGAGGCCUUGCUGAGGAACUGCAGGGACUCUCUCAGCCUCUCUCUCAUGAAGUUCUUUCCUCACAGUACAUCCGGCCAGAACAUCUUUGAGAGUCUGCGUGAUUCAUCUGAGAAGUCUAACGGACGCAUUCACCUGUCUGAGAUCCAUUCCCGGAACAGCCGCAACUUCAAACACAACAGCUCGACUCAGACGGACAUUUUCUGCCCCGACAUGGCGAGCAGUGGAAGAAGCGGCAUCUCCGGCGAGAGGAGGAAGCAGCGAGGGGAACCCGAUGAGCUUUACGGGGAAUUGGGCAAGCCAUUCUCCACAGGUUCUCUUCACGUCACAAGCCUGCGUCCGGCGUCCGACCUGGGCACCGGCCGCUACGGCCCCAGCGCCUUUCAAGAGUGCUGUCCCUAUUCGAAGGCGCCGUCCUCCUUGCCGUUCGACCCCGUCUCCGCACCUGACUGCCUCACCAUGGAGGUGACUCGGGACAGGAAGCACAGUGGAGGAACGUGGCCCAAGAUGGUGGUGGGAGGCAUGUCGGUCGCGCCGGAUAACAGCAACCCGGUCCCAGCAGCGGCGCAGCUCUCCAUCUAUAAAUCCCCCAAGCAGAGGAAGACCAUCUUCGACCCGGACACCUUCAAACGCCCCGAGACACCCUCCUCUAAACUGGAGUACAUGGCAGCCAAUCAGAUAGCGGCGGUGGCUGCCGUCGCCGCGACGUCACACUCUCCCCAGUCCGCGUCAAAGACGGACUCCCUCUCCUCCUCCUCCACUCCCACCCCGACCCCGCCGACACCCCCCACCCGUAGCGACUCUUUCAAGUUCAAACACAAACAUCAGAGCAGCUCCGCGUCCGACUGCACCAUCACGUCGGACGGCAAAGGUGACGCCGUCGUCUCCACGGCGACGGGCGAGCGGGAGAGAGACAGAAAUGGCAAUCACUACUUCCUGGACGGCAAAGUCCUGACCUCGAGGAAAUCGUGCGAGGAGGACAUCGGGCGAACUCGAGGCGAGGAGCCUGAACUGAAAAGGCCGCGUCCGAAAUCCGCCCCCGCCCUUCGCCGCAGGAUGACUCCACAGACCAUCACCCUUCCUGCGUUUCAGGGAGGAAAACUAACCGGUUCCUGUCAUCUGUCACAGAGCUACUCGAAUGAGGAGCAUUCACUGGAGCCACGGGACAUGCUGCGCGCCUCCCCCAGCCGCUCCCAUCGGCACAGCGUCGGCUUUGUGCCCACCGUCUAUAACGGGAACCUCCCUCCCAAUUCGGCCCACAGGGGUCUCUCGCCGUGCCCCGCCGUGACAGCCGUGAUGAGGAAUCCCGUGUACACGGUGCGCAGCCAUCGCGUUCAUACCAGCAACUGUCCGUCCGUGGCCUCCCAGAUAUGUCACCAGCACGCGCCCACCAGCCCUCAACAUCAGGGUCGCUUGAGCCUGGAUCUUAGCCAGCAGAAGCGGGGCGGCGACUACACCGAGUCCUCGUCGUCCCGCAGCAGCCGGGCGUCACACGGUACACACUCACUGCCCUCCAGCGCACGACUCGGUUCUUCUAAUAAUGUCCAGUACCGGGCAGAAAGGAUCAAGAUCCCUUCCACUCCCCGCUAUCCUCGCUCUAUGCUGGGCUCGGACCGAGGGUCCCUCUCGCAUUCGGAGUGCAGCAGCCCCAGCCUCAUCACACCACCGCAGUCACCGCUCAACCUGGAGACGUCGUCCUAUGCCAGCAACCAAUCGCAAGGGUCCAUUUCCACUUUACCUCGCAUCUCUGUCAGCCCGGUGCCGAUCGGCGAGCGCAGGAAGGACAGAUUUCUUUACCGUAACCGAUCUUUUCUAAGGAUUCCUCUGGCUGUGAGGCCGAGGUUCUCCUCUCUCAGGAGCCUCAGGCCUUACUUGGAGGAACCCCGCAACGUCAUCAUACACAAAGGCGCCGAGCCUCUGGGCAUCUCCAUCGUGAGCGGGGAGAACGGUGGCAUCUUUGUCUCCAAAGUUACCGGAGGUAGCAUCGCCCACCAGGCUGGACUGGAGUACGGAGACCAGUUACUGGAGUUCAAUGGCAUCAACUUGCGAAAUGCUACGGAGCAACAGGCUCGACUCAUCAUUGGCCAGCAAUGCGAUACAAUCACCAUCAUGGCGCAGUACAACCCACACAUGUAUCAGCUGGGCAACCACUCUUGCUCCAGCUCCCGUCUCGAGCCAGUCAGUACUCAAUCCACGCCGCAGGGGAGUGGCGCUGCCACGCCGGAAAAUCACACAGCCAUCGAUACGCUCAGCGAACAGGACGAGGGCACCCUCACGCCAUCCUCCAAACAAACCACGCCCACCAGCAGCCCCCAAAACUAUGUCCGAAUGCACUCCGAUGGCAACAAGAAAGCGGGCGAGCCACGGCUGGUGACGGUGCACCGGCCCGGAGUAGAGGUGGGAAUCACGCUAUGUGGAGGGAACCUGCGAGGCGUCUACAUAGAUAGUCUGGAUGAGGACAGUCCUGCCAGGGGGGCCGACGGCCUGCGUCCAGGCGACCUGAUUCUGGAGUAUAACUCUGUGAAUAUGAAGAACAAGACGGCAGAAGAAGUCUAUGUGGAGAUGUUGAAGCCGGCGGAGACUGUCACGUUCAAGGUGCAGCAUCGGGCGGAUGACUUCAAUGUGCUCAAAGACGUUCCAGGAGAUGGCUUUUAUAUUAGAGCACUUUACGACCGCGUGGGCGAGACGGAGGGGGACCUGACGUUCAAGAAGGACGACAUCCUGUACGUGGACGAGUCAUUACCAAAAGGCAGCUUUGGGACAUGGAUGGCCUGGCAGCUGGAUGAGAACGCGCAGCAGAUCCAGAGGGGGCAGAUCCCCAGCAAGUACAUGAUGGACCAAGAGUUCUACCGGCGACACAGCGUGACUGAGAUGAAGGAAGAAUCGGGCAAGACGCUAUCAGCCGCCGCCCGCCGCUCCUUCUUCAGGAGGAAGCAGAAGCACAAGCGCAGUAGCUCCAAAGACAGCAAGGAGACGGUUGCUCUGGACACCAUCAGCACUGACUCCAUCCCCUUCCUGGAAGACUGUGUUAGCCUGGCCUACCAGAGGGUCCAGAAGGUGGAGUGCGCCUCCCCGAGACCCGUGCUCGUGCUCGGCCCACUGACGGACCCCGUCAAGGAGAUGCUGGUCAAAGAGUCUCCGGGGAAGUUCUUCCGAUGUGUGCUAGAAGUCAUGAAAGCGUCCCAACAAGCCAUUGAGCGAGGUGUCAAGGAUUGCCUCUUCAUAGACUACAAGCGCCGCAGCGGCCAUUUUGAUGUGACCACCGUUGCGUCCAUAAUGGAAACAACAGACAAGGGUUGUCACUGUUUGCUGGACAUUGCACCGCAUGCCAUCGAGAGGCUCCACAGUGUUCACAUUUAUCCCAUUGUUGUUUUUGUCCGCUACAAAAAUGCCAAGCAGAUCAAGGAGCAGAAAGAUCCUGUUUAUCUGCGGGACAAAGUGUCUCAGAAACAUUCCAAGGAGCAGUUUGAAAGCGCACAGAAGAUCGAGCUCGACUACAGCAAGUUCUUCACAGGUAUCGUCCAAGGUGGCUCCCUCCCGUACAUUUGCACUCAGAUCAUGACUAUAGUGGAUCAAGAACAAAGUAAAGUCCUGUGGACUCCGCUCGGCUGCCCUUAGCGGGCCAAGGGAGCGCUCGUCUUCAACACUAAUGAAAGAAACCCUCCUCACGACAUAUAAUAGGUACACGACUUUGUAAAUUAUUGAUAUCUAGUUUUAUUGAUCUUCUCGAAGUACUCCAGAGCAGGCACAUAGCACUGACUCUACACCUUCAAGCUCAUUCAGCUGAAGGACUCCUUGGUGGUGUGUGUGUGUAUGUGUGUGUGUGUUCACUAUGAACUCAAAUGACUCCAAAUUUGCCACCAUGCCCUCCGUUGUGUACACAAAACCUCAACACUAAUCAUGUUCAAAACCUACCAAAGGAGUGUGUUGGGGACACGCUGAAAAGGGGGAGAGCAAAAAAAAAAAGUCAAAGUUCCAAGACUGAAAUUGUAACACAAUGAGGAAAUAAAAGUUGUUGUGCCGAGAAUAUGGUUGUUUUUGCACAGAAGUAAAAUAAUGAGUUUCAUCCUUUAUUCUCAUCGUGUUACCAAUUGGCUCAUAAAAUUAAGAAUUUGACUGAUUUUAUUACUGUCUUUUUUUGUGUGUAUUCUCCGACUUUAUUCUUGUAAAAUGCCCAAAAAUUAUAACUAGUUCUAAUGCCGCCGUGAAUCCUCUUACUUUGGCAAAGCUACCGUAAAUCAAAGCCGACAUGGCCGCCAUCAUUUUACGCUUUCCCACCAACACUUUUUUUUUUUAAAGCCACGUAACAGAAAACCGUGACUAGGCAAGUUUAUUUCUGCAAAUAACGAAAAAUAGGAUUUAAAAAAGAAACAUGAAUGUCCAACUGUGAUUAUGCGGACGCCCACUGUACUUUUUCAGUUUUAUCAAAUCAACACUUUAGUAUUAUACAUAUAUACUUUCCUCCUCUUAGUUUUAUGACAUUAUUCUCAUCUACAAACAAUGUUAUUCUUGGAAAACGACUUUUUUUUUCCUCCUGUAAUAUGAGUAUACUCAUAAAUGACUUUAUUGUGUAAUGAUGCAAUUUUUUGGAGGUGGGUACUUUUCAGCAUGGUCCUAAUACUCUCGCCUGGUAAGAACGUGCCCAUGUAGCAGCUCACAUGGAAGCCCCCCCACCCUCUCCAAUCCCAACCACCAUAUGCACUCGACUGACAACUGUUGUGGAUUUCGUUCGUGCUUGAGUCUUUUGUUGUUCUUGUUGUUGUGACGAGUGUCAAGGUCGUUGCCAUGACGUACUGUAGCUGCGAUCACACUGCCCCCCCGCGGUGACGACGACCACACGUUAGCUCUAUGCAUUGUAUCCUCUUUCUUCUAGCAAGGAGUGUGCCAGCGUUUAUUACGGGCCUUUCGGAAAGUGCCUUCUGUAGAAGACGCCAUAUCUCCUCGCAGGCCCCCACGCCCCCACAUCACCCCUAAAUCUCCUCGUUUGUGUGGCCGUGUUCAUUUCCGGUGCGGGGUUGCAGCGGCGAACGCGUGACAUAGGCUGACUUGUAUCAUUUUUGUUUGUGAAAAGAAGGUCGGAGGCCAAUGUGGUAUCCAAACGGGUUCAACUUCUCAGAAUGCACUCCAGGGCUAGACAGACCACUGUGUAACUAAUAUCCUUAUAUCUCGUAACAUGUAUUUAACAACAUAGAGUAUGCAGACGCACACAAAUCUAAAUAUAAAUAUAUAUAUACAUAUACAGUAUAUAAAUCUAUAAAAGAAUAUAUUCCCGUGUAUUUUCGCUAGGUCACGUGCCUGGGAAGGUCUGGCAGUCACGUAAGCAUGUUUGUUUGCGUUCUCUUUUUGUGGUUGGUGGUCAGUCACUUUUCGAUGUUCUCCUGAAAAGAAGAGACACUAUAAAGCAACAGUUGCAGGGUAAUGGCGCGUUAUCCGCUUCGUGAUGUUCCCCACUGUUAUUUAAUGUUGCUUUGAGUAGGAAGGAAGAACCACUGAGGGCCUUCCUGCAAACGUUACUUUCUCGUGCCAAAAUCCACAACAACAAAAAAUGUCUUUAGCCCUUCAUGUCUGUUUGUUUUGCACUUGUUUCGCUGUGAACUGAAAACGUGUCACUGUUGCCACGUUUCCAGUAGACUACCGACACUAGGUACUAUCAUUUCUACUGUAACUAACUUUUUUUUUUAAUGUCUCACAUCAGUUCCUUACAUUUCAUCAAGGGCCUUUUUAUUCCGAUGACGUAAAAAAAAGAUCACAUUUGAAUGAUUCAAAAAUAAAGAAGGGAUCUAUUGUUGCACAGCUUUUUCAGAGGAAAUGUUCCACCAGUUUGACUAUUGGGCUUUAAAAAUGACUAAAGGA